AUGUCCCAAGACAACAGCCCAAGACAACAGCGCACAACAACCGUACAGCACUUCACGCCUCUAUACCGCUGCACCACCGCCAUGAAGUUUAUCGUCGCCUUUGCCGCCCUCGUGGCCGUCGUCGCUGCCGCACCGGCCAACAGCGUGCGUGCUGUCGACGACGUCGAGACCGUCGACACCGUCGCGACCGCCCAGCUGUGCAUCCACAUUCGGGCCUGCGUCGAAGCAUUGGCCCCCUCGAUCAAGGCGUGCGCGCUGGCCGCCGCCGACAAGGGCCGCGACCUGCACGAGGACGCCGACUGUCUCAGCGAGGCGGUGGGCGCGGUGUCGACGGUGACGCAGCCCGACGCGUGCAAGAGCUGCAUGUAG